GGCCAAUCGCUUAAUGAGAAAAUCAUAUUUCCUCUUUUUCUUCAAAUGGUGUCGGGCUAAAUUGGGCUUUGAAGCGCAUUACUCAUAUACUAACCCUGGGGAAAUUCCCGUCAGUCGCGUCACCUCCAACAAAGCAAAGUUAGUGAAAUACGAAAUUUUUCAUUGCACUCAAGCAGAGGGACAGUGGCAGCCGUCUGAUUAUGAGCUCAAACGGGGGGUCGAAACCGGACUGGUUGGUGUAAAUGAUUAGAGUUGCUCGAAUAUGUUGUCCGAUGCGCACCAAAAGAGCAUUAACCGAAACUCAACGUCGUUUAAGCUAUGAUUUUAACGCAUAGCUGAAAAUACUGCAAGAAUCUCUUGUUUGUGAAGCGUAAAUUCGAUGCUUCCCCAGUUCAGCACCGGCUCAGCCUUUGCAUUAAUGAUUUUGCUCUGUGGCACUGGGGCAGAAACGGCCGGUAAGAUGUGUGUUGCCUUUUCAACUGUUGGUACCGCUGUCCACCCGGGAUCGAGUUUUGCGGUGUAUUGUGUCUUUGAUAACGUGAAAUGUAAAAGAAACAUGUACCUCGAUCAAGCCAGUUUGCAGCCAGUGAACUACAAUUCCACGACGAUUUUUUCUAAGAUUGAAAACAUACGAGCCAGAAAAACGUCAUAUGAAUUCGCUUGCAAGUGCGAUUGUUGUUUAGUGCCCUGCGGCUUUUACCUUACUGUUGGAUAUGCACCUGACAAACCCCAGGAUCUGACUUGUGUCCAGGUAGGAAUAAAUGAAAAUAUAACAUGUACGUGGAAGACGGGAAGGGAUACCUACGUCAAAACCUUGUCAUAUAUUCUGAUGAAAACUAGCGCACUUAAUAACACAUUGAAGCUGCCACCCCAAUACACUAUGAACGGCACCGCAUUUGCGAGUCUGCCGACUUUCGGCUCACAUUCUCAGUACACAGUGUGGGCGACAACGUCGAACAAGUUUGGAAAUGUUUCCUCCGACAGCCUUUACUUCACCCUCAGCAACAUAGCCAAGCCUCCGGCCCCAGAAAUCACACAGGCGCACUGCUUGUCCUACUCAUGUGUCAUCCAUUGGAAGGUGAAAGAAACUGCACAUCUUCUCCAGGUUAAAUGCAGAACUGACAAAAAAACCCGGAUCAUCAACUCUACCACAGGGAACACAAGUGGAAACCUGAAUGUUUCAGACCUGGAACCUUUCACGCAAUAUGAAUUUCAGACCCGAAACAAGUUAGACUCAGAGAAAGGAGUUUGGAGUGAAUGGAGCAACAUUGUAGCAGCAAGAACUGAUGAAGAAGUUCCUUUGAAAGAGAUGGACGUCUGGUACACUGAAUCAAACCUGCACUCCCAAGAGAAGCUUUACUGGAUACUCUGGAAGGAACUCAGUGUCUCUGACGCCAGGGGGGCGAUCCUACAUUACAAGGUGAUGGUUAUGGAUCAGCUGACCAGGAAGUCAACAGAGCUUGCCACCACAGGGCUUUCCAUAGGGCCCAUCAGAUGCUCUCAUUGUGACAUCACUGUGUCUGCCUACAACUCCAAAGGUCAUUCACCAGUGGCUCGUAUUGCCCUCCCACUAGUGACAGGUACAGUUGAACCCUCCCCUAAGAACGUAGUCUGCCAGCCAAUCAGCGAGCAGGGCCUCGCCAUCUCCUGGCAGAAACCCAACACUGCGCAACCCCUGCUGGGAUACUUGGUGGAAUGGUUCCCAACUGACGCCAGGAGCCAGGACCUCAGAUGGAGGAGGGUCGCUCCCGGAGAUCUCCGAAUGGUAGUGAAAGAUGUUACGUAUCAGACAUGCUAUUCUGGGGCUGUAUACGCUUUGUACGCGCACGGUGUUGGAAAAGGGGACUUCCGCCAUAUCUGCUCCUGGCCACCAGUUCCAACCCAGGGACCCAAAACCAAUGUGGAGAACUGGGAUAAUGCUACAGUGACCGUACGGUGGAAGCACGACGGGGUCUGUGUGACCAGCUACACAAUAUACCUCAAGAGCAGAGAAAGUCGGUCAUCUGAGAAGCAGUUUGGUCCAGUACACCCAUAUCUGAAGGAGUACACCACAGACGAGUUACUGCCAGGAGAGUAUGACCUGUGGAUGACGGCUUGGGCCAACGCUGAGGAAGGACCAGCGGGACCAACCAAUCAUAUAUUCAUCGAUUUUAAGAAAAAUGAAAAAAGUAUGGAAAUGGUUCUGAUCUUAACAGGACUUUUCGCCAGCUUCACUUUACUGCUGGCAUGUCUCUGCCGAACUCCCACUGUGAAGUGGAGGGUCACGAUGUGCUUUCGGAUGAUAUACAACAGUAUUCCGGAUCCUGCCAACAGCAUCUGGGCAAAGGAGUGUAUAGCCAAGGGUCAACUGUUACCCGAGUAUAAAUUUAAAGUGAGUGCUGAGCACAACACCGAAGAACAUUCUACAGUGGAGAUCCAGGAGGAUCUUGAGGCCGCCCUGACUAAUGGAAGUCCCGGAUCCACGGCCUCAGAAGCAGAGCUCAUUCGCAGCCCUCACAGCUUCAGCCAGAGUCCAUCAGCAGAUAGGUACUUGAACCAAGAUAAGCUGAUGCACUCCCACAAGGACAAGUCUGCUCCGGACCAGCACGACCCGAAACCCUAUACCCACCCAAACGUGGAAUACAUCUCCUCAAAUGGGCUACAAAACAUAAGCAGCGAAGACGACGAGGAGGAAGACUGUUUGAAUGACUUUUUCCCCUGUCCUCAGACCCCCUUCAUGGAGGACGUGGUUGCCUGUACUGGACAAUUGACUUUGGAUGACCUGAAGAUAACCUGUAAAGAUUUCACAGACUUAAUAAAUAUGUGAACACA